GUAUAUUAAAUUGAAUCAAUGAUUGAAAUCCAAAUAAUCUACACACACAAAGCUUAUCAUCAUCAUUUUGGUCACUUUGGUUGUUUUGUGUUGACCUCGAAAAAGUGUCCACCAGAAAAACUGAAUCGAGAUGAGUUUUUUGUUCGGUAAUCGAUCGAAUAAAACAUUUAAACCAAAGAAAAACAUUCCAGAAGGCACACAUCAAUAUGAUCUGAUGAAACAUGCAGCAGCAACAUUAGGUUCAGGUGAUUUACGUUUAGCUGUAAUGUUGCCGGAAGGUGAAGAUCUCAAUGAAUGGGUUGCCGUUAAUAUUGUCGAUUUUUUCAAUCAAAUCAAUAUGCUUUAUGGAACGAUAACAGAAUUUUGUACAGAAGAAACAUGUCCGCUAAUGUCUGCUGGUCCUAAAUAUGAAUAUCAUUGGGCCGAUGGUACUACGGUUAAAAAACCGAUAAAAUGUUCAGCACCUAAAUAUAUUGAUUAUCUAAUGACAUGGGUACAGGAUCAAUUGGAUGAUGAGAAUAUUUUUCCAUCGAAAAUAGGUGUGCCUUUUCCGAAAAAUUUCAUAUCGAUUGCUAAAACAAUAUUGAAACGUUUAUUUCGUGUUUAUGCCCACAUUUAUCAUCAACAUUUCCCACAAGUCGUUCAUUUGGAUGAGGAAGCCCAUUUGAAUACAAGUUUUAAGCAUUUUAUAUUUUUUGUCCAAGAAUUCAAUCUGAUUGAUAAACGUGAAUUAGCUCCGUUAUCAGAAUUGAUUGAAAAAUUGGUUGAAAAACGAACUACUACUACUGCCGAUAUUAAUAAUGUAAAUGUAAAUCAAUCAGCCACUGUUGGUGGUGAUAAUGUUCAAUCAUCAAUGUUAAACCACCACCAUCAUCAUCAUCAUCACGUAACACAGCAGCAGCAUCAUCUUCCACAUCCACUUCCGCAUGUUGAACACCAUCAUCUUGGUAAUCAUACAUCAGCAACAGCAAAUAGUAAUAUACCAUAUACACCACCAAGAAUAUCUGGUGCUGGUGCUGGUGGUCAAUCAUCAACCUAUCCAUCACAUCCACCGCCAUAUUAUCCUCUGCAACCAUUACCACCAAAACCACCACAAGCCCAACAACAACAACAACAACAAUAUUAUAAUGUUCAACCACCACCUGCUUAUCAUCAACAUUUAUCACAACAACAACAACAACGUAAUAUUGGCAAUUCAGGAAAUGCUGGUGGUGGUAAUGGUGGUAUAGCCCGGUGAUGUCAUCAAUGUUUAGAUUAAUUAAUUAAUUAGUGCCUUAUUUGUCAUAAAAAAUAACGGUUUUUGUACGUAUGUGUGUGUGUGAUAUAU